AUGGAUGAGUUGAGUCCGUCGAAGCGUAGAAAAGUAUUCGAUCUUUUAUCCAUCGUGACAUUUAAUUUUAACAAAAAACGCAUUCGACUUUUAAAUAAUUUAAAUGAUGUUAAAACAGAAUGUAAGGGAAUUCUAUAUUGGAUGUUUCGUGAUAUUAGAGUAGAAGAUAAUUGGGCUUUGCUUUUUGCCCAAAAAACUGCCUUAAAACAUAGUUUACCACUUCAUAUAUGUUUUUGUAUAAUGCCAAGCUUUCUCAAUGCUUCUACAAGGUAUUAUAAAUUUCUUCUAAAGGGAUUAAUGGAGAUUGAAGAAGAAUGUAAAAAAUUAAGUAUACAUUUUCAUCUUUUACAUGGUGAACCAAAUUUGAGUGUACUUAAAUUUAUAAAAACAUAUAAAAUGGGAGCUGUGAUUACUGAUUUUUAUCCAUUAAAAUUACCUAUGUCGUGGAUUGAUAAUGUACAAAAGAAUCUUCCUAAAGAUAUUCCUAUUUGUCAAGUUGAUGCUCAUAAUAUUGUACCUUGUUGGUAUGCAUCAUCAAAACAGGAAUAUGCUGCCAGAACAAUCAGAACUAAAAUAAAUACAAAACUGGAGGAAUUCUUAACAGAAUUUCCACCUGUUAUAAAACACCCGUACUUAACAAAAGAAAAGUUUGAAAAUAACAAUUGGGAAAUAGCUUUGCAAAAUGUACAAGCAGACGAUACAUCAAUAAAUGAAAUUACAUGGGCUAGGCCAGGAUACAAAAAUGGUAUCAAAGAAUUAGAUUGUUUUUUACAAAAUCGUUUGAAAAUGUAUGCAGAUAAACGCAAUAAUCCUUUAUUAAAUACUAUCAGUGAUUUAUCACCUUGGUUUCACUUUGGCAUGAUAUCAAUACAACGUUCUGUUUUGGAAAUAAAAGAAUAUAGGAAAUUGUAUCCAAAAUCAGUUGAAUCAUUUAUGGAAGAGGCUAUUAUUAGGAGAGAACUUAGUGAUAAUUUCUGUUUCUAUAAUGAAAAAUAUGAUCUUGUUGAAGGAGCUCACCCUUGGGCAAUAGAAACAUUGAAUAAACAUAGAAAGGAUAAGAGGAAAUACAUAUAUUCUUUAAAUCAAUUAGAAGACUCUGAGACUCAUGAUGAUUUAUGGAAUGCAUGUCAAUAUCAAAUGGUUGCAAUAGGAAAGAUGCAUGGAUUCUUAAGAAUGUAUUGGGCAAAGAAAAUAUUAGAAUGGACUGAAACACCUGAAGUUGCUUUGAAGUGGGCCAAUUAUUUAAAUAAUAAGUACAGUAUAGAUGGUUGUGAUCCUAAUGGUUAUGUAGGUUGUAUGUGGUCUAUAUGCGGUGUACAUGAUCAGGGUUGGAGAGAAAGGGAAAUAUUUGGAAAAAUAAGAUACAUGAAUUAUGAAGGAUGUAAAAGAAAAUUUAACAUUGCCGAAUUUGUGAAAAAAUGGGGGAAA